AUGGCUAAUAGUAUCAGCUCCUGCUCUGGCAGCUACAUCUACACUCGCGUGUCCUCCUUCAACUCCUGGAUUCAGGGACAUAAAAACCUAAGCAUCCCUGAGAGGAGUUUGGUGGCUUUGGUGGGACAUGUAGGGGCGGGGAAAUCUUCACUUGUAGCAGCUGUCCUGGGGGAGAUCUAGAAGCUGCAAGGUCAGGUCAAUGCCAGGGGUCGUGUUGCCUAUGUGUCCCAACAAGCUUGGAUCCAGAACGACACCUUGCAGAACAACAUCUUGUUGGGGAGACCCAUGGACAGUCAACAGUAUAAAACAGUGAUCAAGGCCUGUGCUAUACAGCCUGAUAUAGAUAUGCUAUCUGCCGGAGAUCUAACGGAUAUCGGGGAAAGGGGUAUCAACUUGAGUGGAGGACAGAAGCAGAGAGUCUCACUAGCCAGAGCUGUCUACAACGAUGCUGACAUCUAUCUGCUGGAUGAUCCACUCAGUUCUGUUGACAGUCACGUCGUGGUGUUGGUAGCCCACAAUCUGCGUUACCUGCCUGACGUUGACAACAUCGUUGUCGUGGAGGACGGCACAGUAGCAGAGACGGGGUCGUUCCGCGACCUCCUCAACACUGACGGUGUGUUUACACGUGUGCUGCGAUCCUACAUCGCGGAUUAUGAAGACAACCCAGCAUAUUUUGAAGAUAUUGAAUCAAAACAUUUCAUUUAUCUAGAGUCAGACCUAAAAUCAAAGUUGAGAAGACUGGACAGUGAAGAGUCAUCUGAAAACAAACAGUUCAGACGCCAGGCGUCCAAGGUGUCCAGACAGACCUCAAGACAUCUGUCAACUUCGUCUGAAGACAAACCAGAGACCGAAGGUCGUUAUGUAAAGGAGGAAGGAGUCACUGAACCAGAUGCCAAGGAGAAGUGGUCAAUUCUUCUCAAGUACAUCUCCGCUUACGGCGAGUGGAACUUGCUGUUUCUUUUGGUGUGUUAUGCCAUGUACUACAUCACAUGGGUGGGGGCCAACCUGAUACUGGUCAGGUGGACAAAUGACCCACGUCUCCAACACGUCAACGACAGUAACACCAGUGACGCUGUGUGGAAGACAAACAUGAUCUACCUCAGCAUCUACGGCUGUUUAGGAGUUGCAUUGUGUAAGUGGACUGUGAGUGAGUAA